AUCAAGAUCUGGAUCCCUUUCCGGGAGGAAAAGUUUUUCUUUCCCUCCUUAUUCCUGCUGCUCAAUUCGCGCGAAGAAGAGGGAAAAUCGGCGAAAUAGACACGGGAGAAAGAAAUGGGGGGAAUCGGCGACGGCUCCUUCCCCAAACUCUCUUCUGCUUCCUUCUUCUUAUUCCUCCUCCUGGCCGUGAUCUCGCCGGAGAAUUUCCUUACCGACGCCCAGGAACUGCCCGCCGACGAAAUUGCUGUGCUCAAAGCCAUCGGAAACAAGUUGGGGAAGUCCUGGAAUUUCAGCGUGAAUCCAUGCUUAGGCGGUGAAACAUGGAUCAGUACACCCAGCUCGGAUGGUAACACAAUGAAUAACGUUACGUGUGAUUGCACAUUUAACAAUCAGACGGUUUGUCAUGUAAUAAGCAUCCAGCUGAAGAGCCAAAAUUUGACGGGGGUGCUCCCUUCAGAGCUGAGCAACCUUACCCACCUGACCGUAUUUGAUGUGUCACGCAACUACCUCAAUGGUACCAUUCCAGCUAGUUGGGGUUCCUUACCAUUACUUAAUCUGUCAUUAAUGGCCAAUCGCAUAUCUGGAGGGAUCCCGAAGGAGCUUGGAAAUAUCUCAACAAUGCAAAGGCUGGUUGUUGAAGCAAACCAACUUGAGGGAACGAUUCCUCCGGAGCUAGGCAACUUAUCAAGGAUAAAGAGAUUGUUCCUUAAUUCAAAUAAGUUCACAGGACAGUUGCCUUCACAGUUAGCUAAUCUCAAAACCAUGACAGAUUUCUGGAUCAGUGGGAGCAACUUCACUGGGAGUAUACCGGAUUUCAUUGGCAAUUGGACAAGCAUUCAGCUGCUGAUGAUAAUUGGCACGUCCUUGCAAGGACCCAUACCUUCUAGCAUAUCGGCAUUGACGAAAAUGACCAACCUGAGAAUCACUGACCUAAGUGGACCUGGGUCAAGUUUUCCUGAUCUGAGUAACAUGAACAACUUGCAAGAACUGAUACUGAGAAACUGCUCGAUUUCAGGGUCGAUCCCAACUUAUAUCGGGAGCUUGACACAACUGAAAUAUCUGGACCUUUCAUUCAAUAACUUAUCAGGACAAGUACCUGAAUCCUUCCCUAGUUCCCUGCAAGCAAUGUUUCUCGACAACAAUAAGCUAACGGGGUCAAUGCCUGACUGGAUUUUUAGCAGCAAUGACUUUCUGGAUGUGUCGAAAAACACUUUCACAGGAAGAGCUUUAACAACUUGUCCUCAGGGAAACCUGAACUUUGUAGCCAGUCAUUCGUCUACAAAUAACAAUUCGGUCCCAGCAUGCUACAGAAAGGAUUUCCCAUGCUCCAGUACACCAAAAUAUUCUUCUUUGUUCAUCAACUGUGGAGGGCCUGCAUAUACAAGUAUUGAUGGAAGAAAAUAUGAAGCCGAUAUGGAUGCGAGGGGCGAAUCGUUCUUCGUUAACCAUGACACAUGGGCUAUGAGCAGUUCUGGGAUGUUCAUGGACAUUGGGAGUGGCACUUACCUAGUGUCCAACACAAGCACAUUGUCAAUGAAAGCUGAUCCAACACUGUAUACAAAAGCACGUAUCUCACCCACCACCAUGACCUAUUAUGGUCUGUGCCUACAAAACGGAAACUACACGGUCGAACUUCACUUUGCUGAACUCAUGUUCACCAAUGGCCCGACUUUUACUAGUAUUGGAGAGCGAAUAUUCGACAUAUAUAUCCAGAAUGAGCGAGUACUGGCCAAUUUUGACAUUGCCAGAGAAGCUGGUGGUUCGGGUAAGCCAGUUGAUAAAAAUUUCACUGCAAACGUAACAGCAAACACUCUGGAGAUCACUUUAUAUUGGGCUGGCAAAGGGACGCUCGCGGUUCCAAACAGAGGGGUCUAUGGGCCUCUCAUUUCAGCUAUUUCAGUGACUCCCAACUUUGUACCUAGGGACUUCGAUGAUGAGAAACGUGAAACACCAACUGCAGUCAUCAUUGUGGUAGUCAUUGCUGCUUGCUUAAUAAUCAUUUUGUUUUUAGUAAUCCUUAGGAUGAAGGGCUGUCUUGGAGGCAAACCACCUUUGGAUAAAGAACUUCAAGGCCUAGAGCUGCAAACUGGAUAUUUCAGCCUUAAACAGAUAAAAGCAGCAACAAGGAACUUCAAUUCCAUGAACAAGAUCGGUGAAGGUGGUUUUGGACCCGUUUACAAGGGAACUUUGCCGGACGGUACCGUAAUUGCAGUAAAACAGCUUUCGUCAAGAUCAAGACAAGGUAACAGGGAAUUCUUAACUGAGAUAGGCAUGAUUUCAGCUUUGCAGCAUCCAAAUCUUGUGAAGCUAUUUGGUUGUUGCAUCGAGGGCAACCAAUUGAUGCUUGUGUACGAGUACCUGGAAAACAAUUCGCUUGCCCGUGCACUAUUUGGGCCACCGGAGAACCGGUUGAAACUGAAUUGGCCAACAAGAAGCAGCAUCUGCAUUGGAAUCGCAAAAGGUCUUGCCUAUCUUCACGAGGAAUCUAGACUGAAGAUUGUUCAUAGAGACAUUAAAGCUACAAACGUUUUGCUCGAUAAGGAUCUGAAUGCGAAAAUAUCCGACUUUGGUCUAGCAAAGCUUGAUGAAGGAGAUAAUACGCAUAUCAGCACUCGAAUUGCUGGGACCAUAGGUUACAUGGCUCCUGAGUACGCAACGAGGGGUUACUUAACCGACAAGGCAGACGUCUACAGUUUCGGGAUCGUGGCGUUGGAGAUAGUGAGUGGUAGAAACAACACGACUCCCAUGCCGGAGGAUGAUGGCACGUUCCUCUUGGAUUCGGCUUAUGUUCUACAAGAGAAGGGUCGCCUCCGGGAACUCGUAGACCCGAGCUUGGAAUCAAACUUCUCGGAGGAGGAGGCAUUGAGAAUGCUUAAGGUUGCGCUUCUUUGCACCAGUCCUUCUCCUAGUCUUAGACCUAAGAUGUCUACCAUCGUCGAUAUGCUUGAAGGGCGAACCGAAGUUUACCAAGUUCCAAUCGUGGCUACCGUAUUGAAUAGAGCUUUCGUCGGUGCUCGGUCGCAGCAUCUCUCACAGUACAGCACAACUCAGAGCCAGUCAUCCACGGGACAAAGCAGCGGCCGUGGACCAUGGAUGGCGUCAUCGGAGUCAAUUUCCAUUGUAGAGGAGGACCAUUCCAUGUUAAUAAGGUCUGCUAGUGAGCAAAGUUUAGAACACCUAUCAUAGUCAUUCGACCUUCGGAUCAACGUCAUGGCAAUGAAGAAUGUAACUCAUUAUAUUUCUCUAUGACUCGCCGUUCGUGUUAGUGAAACGUGUAAGCUGUUUGUUUGUUUGUUUGUUUGUUUUCUUCAAAUACUUCACUGUUUAUUUUUUAUUGAGACGGGAUGCAUAUUUGUAUUGUAUGUAUCUCAAUUUUAAUAAAUAUGUAUAGUCAUCUUAUUCUUUUAA